AUGUCCACUCAGCAUCCGAAUGGCUAUUCUGUUCGAGACAUUAUUCUCAGAUAUGAAUCAGAAGAGGAAGAGUUCGUCAGAGAGCUGGAACAAAUGAUGGAACAGUCUCAAGAAAACGAGAAUGACAUGGUUCAAGAACCAGAUGAAGGACCUCCUAUUCUUUCUGUUUUAUGUUCCUUGGUAGAUGAAAUCGGCUCCCUGCGAACUGAAAAUCGUCGAUUGAAGACUCGUUUGGUGCCAGCACCUAGAAAUUCGAAAAAUGUUGUUCAACGGAUGUCUGCAAUGUUUGAACAACGUGGUUCGUCGAUUUUUCCAAAACUUCGUCGUUCGAAUCGUUCAUCUGAUUCAAUGGAAAUACGAAAUGGAGCAAGAGAGAGGUUAUCAACCCCACCACGGAAAGAAAAUAGCAAUUCGAUGACAACUUCUACUGACGUAUCCUAUGGUAGAAGUGGAGCACCACCAAUCGUUCGACCUGAAUUGAGUGACAGUGAAAUCGACGAUCAGGUAUUCGAUGAAGAUGAUCAUAGAAGCAGAGACACAACUAGAAGAUGUGAUUCUGUGAAUGUUCCACGUCAUCAAAAUGAUCAUUCAACGUCGGCAUGCACGUCUCCAUCAUCUGCAUCCUCAUCCAGAGAUCCGUCAGAGACUAUGAUCACAAGUCGAUCAUCGUUCCUUGAUCUUCUCGGUCUCCGUCGUCGUUCCACACACAUUCCACAACCAACUUCCUAUUCGAAAACGACGUCGUUGAAGCAAGUAAUCAAGAAACGUCGUAGGAAGAUUUCUGGGAACGGCAAUGAUUCUGAAUCUUCUGGAAUGUAUGUGAAUAUGGAAGAUCAUUGUUCUCGUGUUGCCAAUAAACCACCUCGACCAGCAAGUUACUAUCGGAGAGAUGACAGUGAGGAUUCAGAUUGUCUUCGACAGAUCAGGCAAAGAAAGACAGCGUCAACUCUGAAUGUGAAUAAUUAUAAACAUGGUAAGAAGGAUAUGUAUCGUGUUAGCAAGGAAACUCAUUGGCAGCAUGAGAAAGAUAAUUUAAUGGCUGAAAUCGAAGAAAUGAAAAUGAGAAACCUUCGUCUAGUGGAGCAGUUGAGAGAAAAGAGUCAACAGCAAAGUAAACUACAGUGUCAACUCCAUAAAGUGGAGAUGCAAGUGAACACAUUGAGCAGAAAAUGUGCUUUAUCAGAAGCUCUCGACAGGCUAACACUGGAUGAAAGAAUGGAAAAAAGUGCAACUGUUUGGAUAAAAAAGAUCGAGGAACGACUUCGAAUAUUCGAAAAUCAGAUGCAAAAUGCAAAACUUGAAGCUGCUACUGCUCAUCAAAUGGCUCUAAACUCCAGUUGCCACGAGAAAGAUGCUCAUCAGAAUUGUCUAGAAAAACUCGAAAAUCUUCAGAGGGAGCAUAUGAGAGUGAUUCAUUCAAGUCUUAUGGAAAUCGGAGUCGAUGAGAUGAAUAUGAAGAGACGGCUUGAGAAUUUGCCCACCUAUGAAGCUUUAUACGCAUUUACGCAUUCAGUUGUUCGGAGACUAAAUGAAGCUAGAUGGGCAAUGAUUGAAAAAGCGAAUGAAGCGAGUAGAGCACAGAUUGACCUUAUUGUUUCUCAAUCUUCUCAUCUCGCUCAAAAUAAUGCAAACUCUUCGAGGAAAACGUCAGAAACGACCAUCUUCGUUCCAUGGACACAGCAGUACCGAUCGAAAUGUAAGUCAGAAAUCAUUGCGACAAUAAAAAAAAUACCUUCAGGUUCGGCAAAACUUGAGUUUCUACUUGCCACUGAAACUGCAUGGGUCUCGAGUGGAAAACUCAAGACGAACUGUGAAAAAGAAUUCGAUAGUUGGCAGCGACAGAAACAUCGAAGAAGAAUUCUUAAAGUUAUUCUCCUACUCGAAAGGUUUGAUCGUUCAAUUGUCGACGUUUCAAUAGAACUCGCUGCAAACUCUGGAGUGCCAGAAAGAAGAGCAACUAAUCGGAUAGAGACGAUGAUAAGAGAAAUGAAUGGCAACAAUCGGCCGACGAUCAGAAGAGGUCCAUCUGGAAUUUCGAAUUCGAAUUUGAUGAGAGAUCGGGUUACAAGAGAAGUACCGAGUAAUAGAAGACCGAUUAGUCUGGUGGAAACAGAAGAAAGAAGGAUUCGAAGAAAUGAAGAAACAAGGAGAAGUAUCAAAUUCAUGAAGACAAAUAGCAUUGAUCAUGGAUACAAUGCUUACGAACCACCGCAGAGAUUCAUGAAUACGACUACAGUGACGGCAUCUCAAGAUGUUUCGAAUAAUGUUCACAGUCCUCAUAAUACUCCCGUCUUCACCAGAAAAAUUAUCAUUCCAGUCAGGGGAAAUGCUUAUGAUAUUGUGCCAGAAGGAACAACUGCCAACAUCGUUCCAGCAAGUAUUCCUCAAAUGGGAAGAGUACGAAAAUUGGAAAGAGCAUUCUCUGCAGAGAGUAGGAAUACUGUAGAUUCUCUGCACGACAGAGAAGAACGAAGAGAACGAAGAGAACAUGGGGAAGGUGUGGAAAGGAGACAAAGCAAGAUUCAGAGGUCACAACCUGUUAGCAGACUCAAACAGCCAUCUGCUCAGCUUUCGAGAUUUAGGACAGUAGAGAAUGGAGGAGUCAACCGUGAACCACCAGCAUCUUCGAUCCUUCGUAAUCGGGCUUUGGAUCCACCCACUUCAAUACCACGAAUGACGACGUCACCACCAGACUCCAGAAUUCCGACACCAUCUGGACGUCACGGAGGAGAAAAGCGUGGAUGGUUAGAGCGACUGAUAGGAAUCGGAAAAUUGUAG